AUGGGCGGUGUACGCACGUGUGAGAUCUCGUCACAUUCGCUUCGCCGACAGCUGCUUUACUCGUCUCGUGCGGUCGCACGCUUCACACGCUCUCCCCGUCCGGUCGGUACCCUCCCAGUGGUGGGUUUGAAGCCGAUCAACCACGCCGAAUCGGAACCAUACGUUUCUGGCUCGAUAACUUGGUCCUUCUCGGACCCUAUCCCUAUCCAGACGGAAACUGUGACCUAA